AAGACUUUGGGAGAGCCGGAAGAGCACUGGGAACUGCGUGGAUACAGCUGAGACGGACGGUCCAGGGGCUAGAAAUAUAUUUUAUUAACUAAAAGAAAAGGAAAUCUUAGAAAUGUGGAAAGCAGCUGCAGGCCAAUCUGUUUCCAUCCAGCCAGAGGAUGCAGGUGAUGACUGGGAGACAGAUCCUGACUUUGAGAACGACGUGUCUGAGAAAGAACAGAGAUGGGGUGCGAAGACAAUCGAAGGAUCUGGACAUCAGGAACAUAUUGACAUUCAUAAACUGCGGGAGAACGUCUCUGACGAGCACCACAGCUUGAAGCAGAAGGAACUGGAAAACAUGCCUAAAGCAUCCCACGGCUACGGGGGGAAGUUCGGUGUGCAGCAGGACCGAAUGGAUAAGUCUGCUGUAGGCAACGAGUACCAGAGCAAACUUUCCAAGCAUUGCUCCCAGACAGAUUCAGUCAAGGGGUUUGGUGGGAAGUUUGGUGUACAGGCAGACCGAGUUGACCAGUCUGCUGUUGGAUUUGAAUAUGCUGGCAAGACCGAAAAACAUGCCUCACAAAAAGACUACUCAUCUGGUUUUGGGGGGAGAUAUGGUGUACAGGCUGAUCGUGUUGACCAGAGUGCAGUAGGCUUCGAUUACCAGGGAAAACUUGAAAAACACGAGUCCCAGAAAGAUUAUUCUAAAGGUUUUGGUGGAAAAUAUGGAGUGGAAAUGGACAAAGUGGACAAAAACGCAGUUGGCUUUGAGUAUCAAGGGAAGACUGAGAAGCACGAGUCCCAGAAAGACUAUGUAAAGGGGUUUGGAGGGAAGUUUGGUGUCCAGACAGAUAGACAGGAUAAGUCUGCCCUCGGCUGGGAUCACCAGGAGAAAUUACAGCUGCACGAGUCUCAGAAAGAUUAUAAGAAAGGGUUCGGAGGGAAAUACGGUGUUCAGAUGGAGAGGCAGGACAAAGCUGCCAUGGGCUUUGAAUACAAGGAGAAACUGGCCAAGCACGAGUCCCAGCAAGACUAUUCAAAGGGCUUUGGUGGAAAAUACGGAGUACAGCAGGACAGAAUGGACAAGUGUGCAGGUACCUUUGAUGAGGUUCAAAAGCCAGCUCCAGCCUAUCAAAGGACUAAACCUGUUGAAGCAGCUGGAAGCAGUGCUAGCAGCAUCAAAGCCAGGUUUGAGAACAUUGCCAAGCAGAAGGAGGAGGAGGACAGAAAAAAGGGUGAAGAAGAGAGAGCCAGACGAGUGGCCAAGGAGAAGCAAGAGCAGGACGAGGCCAGGAGGAAGAUAGAGGAGCAGGCCAAAGCUGAAAAGCAGCGGACUGUAGAGCGGGCACCAGAACCAGAUCCUGCCCCCCAGCCCACUCUCCAAGAGAAACCACCCAGCCCAGCAUACCAGGAACAAUGUUUGUAUGAAGAGCCAACCGACAGAGACUCGGCUCCCUGUUCAAACCAGUACGAAGCAGAACCCCCUUCUCAUGCACAGGAGCCAGAGUAUGAGGAUGCUACAUAUGAGCCCCAGCAAGAAGCAGCCUACCAGAAUCCAGACGAAGUGCAGUAUCAAGGAGACGGACAGAAUUAUGCAGAGUGUGGGGAUGACCUUGGACUCACUGCAGUGGCUCUGUACGACUAUCAAGCUGCUGGCGAUGACGAGAUUUCCUUCGACCCUGAUGACAUCAUCACAAACAUUGAAAUGAUUGACGAGGGCUGGUGGAGGGGAGUGUGUAAAACUGCAUACGGGCUUUUCCCUGCCAAUUACGUUGAGCUCAGGCAAUGAAGCGCUUACCUGCUGAAUGGCUUUGCCUUAACUACCAUCUGCAGUUCAGUCCCCAAUUAUUCUGGAAAUGCUCGGAACUUUGGCUGUGCCACUUACAAUACUGUAAUGUGUAUAAUUUCUAAAUUGUCAAAUUUUUCCACUCUUUGAGUUAAGGCUAGGGACCUAUCUUUUUCUUCUCUCUCCAACAAAUGCUGCUUCCAAGUUCAUGCCACUCUGUGUCAAAGAAUGUGCAUUAUGGUAUUAUCAAAUAAAUCCAUCUGUAGUAAGGAAUCAUAUGCUGGCAUCCAAAUCAAGCUGAAAUGUGUUCAAAGCAAUGUAUUUGCAAUAAAAGAGAUUACCAUGUUGCUCUAGAGGGUACGCUAUGGAGCACAUAACAGGCUAGCGUUUUUCUCCAGUUUUUAGGACUAUCUAAUAAAAGUAAAUCAUAAAUAAUGUAUGGUUUGGAAGUCGCAGAUGUGGUUCCCAGUUUGGUUUUUAGAUGUGCAUAAAUAUAGAUGUCCCAAAAGUUGAUAUGGAUUUACUAAAACAUUUUAUAACCAAGGGUUAAUAUAGAAUUAAGUUAUCACCAAAGAUUUUUAAAGUAUAUUGCACAUUUCCAUUGGAAAUACUGCAUUAAUGUGGAAAACAAUACUUUUAAUGUAAUUGAAUAAAUAUGGAACAGACAGAGUUGCUUGUGGAAAAGGCAUGUGGUGAACUGAAAUAGUAUAUUGCUGUUGAUGCUAAUUUGACUUUUCUUUUAGCACAGUGUGCUAUGUAAUACUUGUGCUAGCUGGGAUAGCUGUUUUUUCUUUCUGUUCUGUAUCUGGGAUACUAAUGGCAAGUUAAUGGUGAGUAGUUUUUGACUUGGGGAAGGAAAACUAAAAUUCUGUAUGAGAACUGUAUUAAUUUGCACAUUCUGUCAAAUACUUUAACGAAACUGGUCUUGCUCUUACAAAAACAAAACAAAGCAUUUGAAUAUGUAUAAGAUAUUAUACAGUGAUAUUUCAGGUGGUUUUAAAACAUCCCAGCCUCAGUGUUAAAAUCCAGUGGCCCUAUGCAUAAGCUAAUAUUCCAGGAAAUUGCAUUUAAGUCAUGAUUUCAAGAAUUUGAGCUUUGUGUUUAUUUUAUCAACACAAAAGCUGUAUACUGAAUGACAUUCAUUAUUUAACUGUGAUGUCAUCCCACUCAUGCAUGGGGCCAUUGUCCUAUGAUUCAGUAUGGCCAAUCAUAAACUUUGACCAAUUAAAUGUUAGAAAAAUGUUGAGUAAAAAUGAAGGGGAAAGGGGUUGCAUUUACUUCAAGCAUAGUUCAAAUAUAAAUUUCCAUAGAUUACAUUAUUUUGCUAAUGGUUAUGACCAUCCUUAACAGUUGAUGUGCAUGUAAUCACCUUAUUGUUUUAGUGAUGCCUUUGUUUAUUACAGGUCUAUGUAUUUGUUUAAUCAUCUUGGGUUGGGUUUUGAUAAUAAAGUUGCCUUUUCCAGUAUAUUAUUUUUCUCUUUUAAAUCAGCUUGCAUAAUAGACUACAUGCGAACAUUUGCAGAUUGUUUUUUUUUCUAAGUGAAUAAAGUUUUCAGUCAAGUG